UGUACUGCAAAGCCUAAGCUCCCUCACUCACACAAACCAGAGGAAAUCGGAAAAUAUCCCAACCAGUGCAGACAGCAGCUGGGGGAAAGCAGAACUCGGGAAAGAGAGAGAGAGAGAGAGAGAGAGAGAAAACAAAAAACUACUGAGGAUAAAAUAAAGUGUCUGGAAAGCAGGAGAGAUAUUUCUUGUGAGGAGGAUGAGAGGAGAAGUUCCAGCAGGGCACUGAGGAGAAGCUGCAGAGUCUGAGCUGUGGUUGGGAUCUGCACUAGUAUUCCCUGAGCUCACCAGUGUGUGACUGAUUGUGUGUCUGUCUGUGUGUAUGUGUGUAGUAGUGAGUGUGUAGUAGUGUGUGUGUAGUGUAAGUGUGUAUGUGUGUGUGUGUGUGUGUGAGAGUGUGCUUCCUCUCCCUGCUGCUAGGUGCUGGCUGUGCAUGGCAUUCUCUGCGAGGAUUCGCUCUCUUUCCGUUAUGGUCAAGGCGGCUUCUUCCUGAUCUGGACCUAUUUAAAGGUGGAUGUGAAAGGUUCUCCUGCCAUAGCUGUGCCACACACCCCGGACAUCACAAGAUUGCUAGGCAUUCCGAGGGUUGUCUUGUGUAGACAUCAUCAUGUUGUUAUUGAGGAAAGUAUCUACCUUGCCUGCUGGAUUCCCCCUGCUUGUCAUUGUGCCUCUGUUGUGCCAUGUGGGAGCAAUUUGUGGUGAAACAACUCCAGUUCCAGAAACUAAAAAUGAAACUAGAAUAUGUACUGGUACCUAUUUUUGCAAAGAAGGAGUCAUUUUACCUAUUUGGGAGCCACAAAAUCCAUCAUAUGGUGACAAAAUUGCAAGAGCUACUGUGUAUUUUGUCGCCAUGGUCUACAUGUUCCUAGGAGUAUCAAUCAUAGCCGACCGAUUCAUGUCCUCUAUUGAAGUGAUUACAUCUCAAGAAAAGGAGAUAACCAUCAAAAAAGCAAAUGGCGAAACUACAAAGACAACAGUGAGAAUAUGGAAUGAGACUGUUUCCAACUUGACCCUUAUGGCUCUGGGGUCAUCUGCUCCAGAAAUUCUCCUUUCUGUGAUUGAAGUAUGUGGACAUAACUUUCAAGCAGGGGAUCUUGGUCCUAGUACUAUAGUAGGCAGUGCUGCAUUCAAUAUGUUCAUCAUCAUUGCCCUUUGUGUAUAUGUGGUACCUGAUGGAGAAAUAAGGAAGAUAAAACAUCUCAGAGUUUUCUUUGUCACUGCAGCAUGGAGUAUUUUUGCCUAUACUUGGUUGUAUAUGAUCUUAUCCGUUAUUUCACCUGGUGUUGUUGAAGUCUGGGAAAGCUUGCUCACUUUCUUUUUCUUUCCAAUUUGCGUCUUGUUUGCUUGGGUGGCAGACAGGAGGCUCUUGUUCUACAAGUAUGUCUACAAGAGGUACAGAGCUGGAAAACAAAGGGGAAUGAUAAUUGAAACAGAAGGCGAUAGACCGUCAUCCAAAGCUGAUAUUGAAAUGGAUGGAAAGGUUCUGAACUCCCACACAGAGAACUUUCUUGAUGGCUCAUUAGUUCUAGAAGUUGACCAAAAGGAACAAGAUGAUGAAGAAGCAAGAAGGGAUAUGGCUAGGAUCUUGAAAGAACUGAAACAAAAGCACCCUGACAAAGAGAUGGAACAGUUGAUUGAGCUGGCUAACUAUCAAGUUUUAAGUCAACAGCAAAAAAGCCGAGCAUUUUAUCGCAUCCAAGCCACACGUUUGAUGACUGGCGCUGGCAAUAUAUUGAAAAGGCAUGCAGCAGAUCAAGCUAGGAAAGCUGUCAGCAUGCACGAGGUUAACACUGAAGUUGUAGAAAAUGACCCAGUUAGUAAAAUGUACUUUGAACAAGGAACUUACCAGUGCCUAGAAAACUGUGGAACAGUGGCAUUAACAAUUGUGCGUCGUGGAGGUGAUUUGACCAACACAGUGUUUGUAGACUUCAGAACUGAAGAUGGCACUGCCAAUGCUGGCUCAGAUUAUGAAUUUACGGAAGGGACAGUUGUUUUCAAACCUGGUGAGACACAGAAAGAGAUUAGGGUUGGCAUUAUUGAUGAUGACAUCUUUGAAGAAGAUGAAAACUUUGUAGUCCACCUUAGUAAUGUUCGAGUUAACGCUGAGAUCACAGAAAUGAAUGCUGAAUCCAACCAUAUCACAUCUCUUGCUUGCCUCGGAUCACCUUCUACAGCCACAGUCACCAUCUUUGAUGAUGAUCAUGCUGGCAUCUUUACAUUUGAAGAGCCACUUACCCAUAUAAGUGAGAGUGUUGGCAACAUGGAAGUGAAAGUUCUGAGAACCUCUGGAGCUCGAGGAACUGUUAUUGUACCCUAUAAAACUGUCGAGGGCACAGCAAGAGGUGGCGGAGAAGAUUUUGAAGAUACAUGUGGACGACUAGAGUUCCAAAAUGAUGAGAUUGUCAAAAUCAUAUCAGUGAAAAUAAUUGAUGAUGAGGAAUAUGAGAAAAACAAGACUUUCUUCCUUGAAAUUGGGGAACCACGUCUGGUGGAGAUGAGUGAGAAGAAAGCCCUGUUGUUGAAUGAGCUUGGAGACUUUACCAUCACAGGAAAAAUGCUGUAUGGUAAACCUGUCUACAGGAAGGUUCAGUCUAGAGAUCAUCCCAUGCCAUCUACAGUAGUGAACAUUGCAGAGAAAAAUGAAGAAAAACUGCCGCUCACAAGCAAAGAAGAGGAAGAGCGACGUAUAGCGGAUAUGGGCCGACCGGUGCUGGGAGAGCACACAAAACUUGAAAUAAUUAUUGAAGAAUCCUACGAGUUUAAGAGCACUGUGGACAAACUUAUCAAAAAGACAAAUCUAGCUCUAGUGGUUGGAACAAACAGCUGGCGGGAGCAAUUCAUUGAGGCGAUUACAGUUAGCGCUGGGGAAGAUGAUGACGAUGAUGAAUGUGGAGAGGAAAAGCUGCCAUCUUGCUUCGACUAUGUGAUGCAUUUUCUGACUGUCUUCUGGAAAGUUCUUUUCGCCUUUGUACCACCAACAGAGUACUGGAAUGGUUGGGCUUGUUUUAUAGUAUCCAUUACAAUGAUUGGCCUCCUGACAGCAUUCAUUGGAGAUUUAGCUUCUCAUUUUGGCUGUACUAUUGGCUUAAAGGAUUCUGUUACUGCUGUCGUAUUUGUGGCUCUAGGAACAUCGGUACCUGAUACAUUUGCAAGUAAAGUGGCAGCUAUCCAGGAUCAGUAUGCUGAUGCCUCCAUAGGUAAUGUCACUGGUAGCAACGCUGUGAAUGUUUUCCUGGGAAUUGGCGUAGCUUGGUCCAUUGCUGCAAUUUACCAUACAGCCCGUGGAGAGGUGUUUAGAGUUGAACCUGGCACACUGGCUUUCUCCGUCACUCUUUUCACCAUAUUUGCAUUCGUAAGUGUUGGUGUCCUUCUCUACAGACGGCGACCUGAGAUCGGUGGUGAGCUGGGUGGCCCACGGACUGCCAAACUUCUUACAACAGCCCUCUUUACCCUCCUGUGGCUCUUGUACAUUUUCUUCUCAUCUCUGGAAGCCUACUGCCACAUACCAGGCUUCUAAAGAAACACUCCAACAUAGUAAAUAUAUAAAUAUAUAUAAAUAUAUGUAGAAUGAACAGAGGAAAAGAAAAGACAUUGCCAUUUCCACUUACCUGCUGAUGGGAUGCAACUGUAAAGCAUUCCUUUUAAUGGGUAGGAACAAGAAUUUAAGGUUUCUUACCCGGGGGGAUGGGGGGGUCAUCAUGUUGAACUAGGCAUGGAUGCAGGGACAUCUUUGCAACUGUACCUAAACUGUACCUGACUACUUUUAUUUUUGAAAUGACUAAUCUGAAUGCUACUUGGGCCUUUUUUUGUUAAAAUGUAAAGAUGCCGGAAUUACUAGUAACUAUUUUUUGUUGUUGUUGGGGAGUGAGAAGGGUGAGUGCCUGGAUAAGAAUUGUAAUCGAAUUUCAGACAUUAGAAGUCCAAAAGCUUAUUGGCCCAAGUGGUAAAUGGUGGAUUAGUUGCCAGGAACACACUCAAGGUUUCAAAAUAUUAUUCUUCAGUGUAUUUCCAGGAUGGUUCACUUUGCUAUGUUCUAUUAAAUUCAUUGUGGAUAAGAAAUGGAUAAAUGAAAGCAACCAAAAAAGAAGCCUUCUCUUCUCCAACUAACUGUUGCAUUGUAAUUAGCAUGUGUUUCUCCCUGUUCUAGGUCACCAAACUACAUUGAGUGUCUCCUGUUUGUUCAUUGCCUACAUAGCUUCAUCACUGUACUGUAUACAGAGCCCCAUUCUGGUCUAGACACAUUGUUUGUCUUUGUUGUCAUUAAGACCACCUCCAGAGCUAUAUGUGUAGGUGAUUUCUGGGCACUUCCCAUUCAUAACCAUAGUCAUGUUUUGGAAUGUCUUUGUGCUGUGUACUCUUGUGCAUGGAUGAAAAGUAUUGGUGUAUGUUAUAGCCUAGCGAUAAUCCUUUUACUAAUGUUGAUUGAAUGUAAAAGACUUGGAUGUGUUUUUCUGUUUAGGGAUUUUUUUAAUUUGCUUUUUUGGGGGAGGGGAUUUUUUUUAAAUAAUAUUAGUAUUUGGGUAAUAUAGACAACCUCAAUACAAUCAGCAUAGGUCUGUACAAAGGUGGGAGAACAUCAACUUAAUGAAGGACUGUCAAACCUCUAAUUUUUUUUCUUUGCUCAUUAAAGGGUCAAAUAUUGGUCAAAUGCUAAUAAUUAAAUACCAAAAAUGUGCCUAGGAAAUUAAAGCAUUAUUUAAGAAAGUACAGUAUUUCUUUGACCUUAAAUCUUCAGCUGUAAGCAACAAUGAGGCUUAUGGAUAGCUACUAGUGGGUUAUAUAUUUAACAUAUCACCCAUCAUUAUUAUAAGCAUUUUUUUACGUUCAUACUUUUUUUUUUAAAAGAGCAGUAAUGCCUUGUAGUCAAAACUGGAUUUUUAUAGUGUUUCUGAAGGGAAUAAGUGGAUCUAAAGUUCAUAUUUGUUCUGAUUUUACAUAUCCUGUGGUCUCAAUUUUCUUAGUACAAACCUGCAGGUUUUUACCCGUAAACAGUAGAGGCCUUAAUUCAUGGAAACCUAUUAUUUCAUUCAAAUUAGUAUGCAACAUUUCCCAUAAUGUUUGAUUUCUAUUAGAUUAGCAUGAAAUACCAGUGCAACACAUUUAAAAUGUUAUUUACAGUGCAUUAUUGAAUUGCUUUGCAGAAUAUUGAUUAGUCACAUUGUGUUAAAUGAUAUUGUUCAACUAAACAUCCAAAAUUGCCACAGUCCAAUUUUGCAACAAUGAAAAUUAACAGGCAUUAGCUAUUUAAAUGUUGGUACUCUACAAAUGCUGCUCAACUAAAUCUCUUUAAUCUAUAAACAUUUUUGGAAAUAAUGUGUUGUAGAGUGUUUAAAAAAGGACCGCAAAUUCUAUUUACUGGAUGCCAAUAUUGUCUUUGAUCAGUAAAUUGAGAGAAAUGUAAGCAACAGAAAACAUUUGAAAAAAAUAGCAAAAAGAUACAGAUAUAUACAAAAUAGUUUGUAUUUUUUUAAGGCUCAAUGCUUUCUAAAUAAUUCUAAUGGGAAAAUAUAUUUACCUAUAUAAAUGUAAAUGUAAGUGAGAAUUAAAAUCAACCAAAGUCAAAAUACAUGUUUGGAACAUAAUCUUUUUGCAGAAAUAAAAACUGUACUUGGGUGGUCCUUAGUAUAUAGAUACCAUUAUAAUAACAGAUUUAAACUUUAAACAGAAACUUUGCAUUGAAGAUAAUAAACACAGAUCAACACCACUAAAUAACACCAUGUGAACUCUUUUGACCAUGUCCAUUCCAGUCUUGCUUACAUGUCUGAAAUAUUAUUAAGUGACUGCACCAGCAGUCUGAAACUAUUUUCAAGGACAGUUACAGAUGUGGUUAUUUGUAAACAUGCUUGAAUGUUUUACCUGCUCCCCAUUGUAACCAUAAAAAUCUUUGUUGACUUUUUAUUCAGUAUCAAUGACUGGUAAAAAAAACAGUAACAUUUUUGUCUCACUAAUAAUGCCUUCAUGACUAAUUUUGCUGAGGAAUACUUCUAUAGUUCUGUUACUUUACACCAAUUUUAGAAUUUAUGUUCUCAGGCAAAAGUUAAUAUCCUAGCCCAUCCAAGAAAUGUUAAACAACUUAAUUUUUUUUUUUUUUACAAAUAUUCUUCAACAUUCCCAAUUAAUUUCCCCCUUGGUAUGAUUUCUAGCUAAUAUUCCCUACUAUUUUCUUUACUACUUUGUGGCAGUGGAGAAUUAAGUGACAUUGAUGUGUCAGUAUUCUGAACACUAUAUGUGCAUACAGACCAUUGUUAUUGUAGCUUUUACACUAUUGAAUACAAUUUCCAUAACAAAUAGGACAAAUGUUAUUUCAAUGGAAUUCCACAUUUGACAGCUUGUUACGCACAAAUUGAAAGAAACAUAUGAUGGCAUGGACUUCAUAUUUUUAUUUUACAGCAAUGGUGAUGCAGUUCCAUACUGCUUUCCAACUUUUUUUCAGGAAGUUCAGUUUAUACAAAUACCAAAGCAUUUUAGUAUGUACAGUAUUUUGUUUUAUUCAACUAAAAAUAUUUGUCUGUAAAAGCUACAUACAUAUUAAACAGUUAACACAAUACACACAUUGUUAAUUUCAUCAUUAUUUAAAAAAACAAGAUAUUUAUUGCUGUGCUUCUGCCUUGGCAAGUCAUCUGGAGUUUUUAAAAUUAAUGGUCAUACAAUAAGUAAUUAAACACUAUCACACAGUUAACUUAAUUUUAGUAUUAUUCACAAGAAGAAAAAAUGAACCCAACAGGCAAAAUUAAAAUGUCAUAUUUGACUGUGUGAUCUAUUAGAUUCUUGAAAUAAAUAUUUAAAAUACUGUACAUUAUUUUCUCUAUAUAUUGAUUUGUAAAACUAUAUAGCUUGGGUUUAUGGAGAUGACAGUUUGCUUCCUUUUCAAAGAUAAUCAGAAAUUGAUUUUUAUUUUCUUUUUUUCUUCAAAAAAGACAAUAUACGUUUUAAGAAAUAGAUUAGAAUUCACAAAAAUAAUUUGUUUGAUAAGUAAAUUAUAUUAAUGUAAAAUACAUUGUUUUGCAAUUUAACACAUUCAUUUGUUGAUUUAAAUUAAUUCUGUAAUGCCAGUCAGUUAACUAUUGUCUGAAUUUAAUUAAUAGUGAUAUAUGAUAAAGAAAAAAUACUAUUUUUAAUUAGAUGUGCCACUCAACUCCCUUUGUCAUUGCAGCCAUAAUAAUAUUUAUACUUAACAACUUUCAUUAAAAAUAAAAAUAAAUAUUCUAAAAUAUAGCAGAAUAUAUUUUCAGUGUAAAUUGGUAAACAUUGGUAAACAUAAUAAUUCAGUACCAGCAAUUUUUCUUUGAUUUAACACUCCUUUUAUGACAGCAUAUAUCAUCAAAGCUGUAAUACAGAAAAAAUCCAGAUGACAAUACAUACUGGUUAAAAGUUUUACUAUGUAUUGGCAGAGAUUUUAGUAUCCUAGCUUGAAAUACUGUGCCACCAGUUUUGUUUUCUUUCUUGUGGUUUAAAUAAAAUAAAUAAAAAAAUUAGUGUAAAAAAUGUAAUUUAUUCACACAUACCACCAGAAAUGUUAACAUAGCAUUUUGUUGUACACGUCUUUUUGAAUAGUAGCGGAAAAGAAAACAAGACAAUAAAUAUAUGCUAAUGAAAGUUUUUGGUAAGGUAUAUAUUAUGAAUGUACUGCUUUGAAAAAUUAAAACUGUAUAAAAAUAUAAUUUUACACUUUUAGUGAUUUAAAAAUUUAUGCAUUUUUGUUGUUUUAAAAUAUUUGUUUUGGUUUUCACUUUUUGCUUGCAAAUAUUGUGUUCAUAUUAUGAGCACAGAGUCCACUGCUAAUAAUGCAUGCUUAUAGCAACAGGAAUAAAAAUAAAUAAAUUUGGGGACUAGGAAGCAAGUCAAUUCUAAAUUGCCCUGCUUGAUGUUCUGGAAUUAAAACAAAUAUAAUGAAAUGUAUCUCAUUAUAUAAGGUUUCUUGUCUUUGAGUUGUACAGGGUUAAUAUAAGGGAUUUAACCUUUUUAUUUUCCUUUUAUUUUUAUUUGUGUGUUUUGUGCACCAAUGUAAGAUUAAGCACAUAUACUGUGAUAAUUGUUGUGGUUCACGUUCAAAUGACAUUCAUCACAUUAUAAACGGCAACUCUGAGGUUUAUUGAUGACAUAUGAAAUUGUACAUAUAAUGUAUUAUCUAUUUCUUUGUCAAUUGGCACUUUUAUUUUAUUUAAUUUUUUUGCUUUCAUGCUUAUAAAAAAUAAAAAAUAAAAAAAAGAAAUUGUUGUGAGAAACAUUUUUCAUAAUUCAUAGACAUAUAUCUGCAUCAGUUAUGUUGAAAAAAAAUAUUGGAAAGUCUGUCUAGAAACAACACAAAACAUCCAUGAUAUCAGUGUGUCUUAAUGGGAAUUAAGUUUUCAUUUACAUGAUAAAUAAUAAGCAUAAACUGCUGAACUGUUAUUAAUACUUAUAUCAAAAAUGCUUUAGAAGCUAUAAUUUGCUAAAUGGGAAUGUAAUAGUGAAAAAAAUGUUAAAAUAAUGUUAGAUUUAGAAUUAAUGCUGUCCUAGUAAUUUCUAGCGAAUACACCCAAAAAUAUGUGCACCCCACUAUCAUUAAUAUUAUUUUACAAAGAGAAAUAGAUGAUUGUUUUGGUUAAGGAGUAUAAAAUAGUAAACAUACAUCAACUAUUUUCUUACGGAUUUUGGAUAGUUCCCCCCACAGGCAAAAGCCUACUUUGUAGAUAUGGUAAAUUAUAUCCAUAUCAUAGUAAAGUGUUUUUAUUCUUAUUGAUUGUUUUCUAGGAGCUACAGCUUUGUGAAUGCUCUAUCUGGGAAAUGUGGGCUCACCACUUUACUUUCUGGUACAUAAAUGCUAUAUAGUGCUCCUGAAAUCUCCAAAUGAGUAGAAUUUUACUAACACUUCCCAUUUAUGUUUGUUCUUCUGCUUCAUCCUAUGUUUUCCUGCAUCUGCAUGCAUGAUAUGAUUUUUGUAAUUGUUACUCUUAUUUGGAUUUAAAUUAAACACUUUUGCAUAGUU